AUGCCUACCGUUGUCGGAAAAGAGGUUGGCCCAACUGGCUAUGGCCUCAUGGGAUUCACAUGGUGUGCACAACCAACUCCGGAGCCCAAAUAUACUGAGGCAAUGAAUGCAGCAUUAUCCCUUGGGGCCAACCUCUGGAACGGCGGCGAAAUAUACGGCACCCCGGAACACAACUCUCUUCACAUCAUCCAUAAAUUUUUCACCCAACACCCAGAGGCAGCUGACAAAGUUGUCCUUAGCAUCCAAGGAGGUAUGGCACGAGACGAACUCGCUCCAGACGGGUCUGAAGAAAAUCUCCGAACAAGUGUGGAUGAGUGUUUGAGGGUCCUAGAUGGCGUAAAAGAGCUUGACCUGUUUCACAUCUCUCGAUUGGACCCAAAGUACCCAGUAGAAGAAACCAUCGGCCACCUCGCAAAGAUGGUGAAAGAAGGAAAGCUCAAAGGUAUCGGCCUGAGCGAGGUGGACGCAGAAACCAUACGACGGGCGCACAAGGUCCAUCCAAUUGCAGCAGUCGAAGUUGAACUAUCGCUGUGGAGUCCCGAUAUCCUUGAAAACGGAGUGGCGACGACCUGUGCAGAGCUUGGAAUACCCAUUGUGGCUUACUCUCCGCUGGGCAGGGGGGCACUGACGCGCAGGAUCGCCAAGCCCUCCGACAUUCCCCAGGGCGACAUCCGUAAUUACCUACCGAGAUUUCAAGAGGCCGCUCUGGCCGCCAACCAGAAAUUUGUUGAUGACGUUAUAUCAUUUGCUGAAAGAAAGAAGAUAACCCCCGCUCAGGCCGCAUUGAAUUGGGUCAGGACCCUCAACAAUGACAAAAACAUGCCCACAAUUAUCCCGAUACCAUCAGCCAAAUCGAAAGAGCGGGUGUCAGAGAAUUUGCAAACCCUACCUCCAUUUUCUGCUGAAGACAUGAAGGAGAUCGACGAGUUGAUCAAAGCAAGCAAUAUCAUUGGAGACAGAUAUCCAACUUAUUAA